CCAUGACCACGAGACCGCCUGGGAGAGUGAGGGGCUGCUGGAGCAGUUCUCCAGGAUGUCUACAGCCCCGGACGAGGACGGGGAGAGAACUGAAGAGAGCAGCUCUCUCCUGAACUCUGACUGCGGCGGUGUCGGUCUGCUGUAUUUGAGCGACGAGGUGCUGCUCGUUAUUCUGGAGCUCCUGGACCCCGUGUCUCUGCUCAGACUCGGCAGCACCUGCUCGGCCCUCUUCAGAAUCUGUUCCUGUGGUUCGCUGUGGGUUCGCCACUUUCAGGGUUCAUUUGGUGUUGGCCUUCCAAAUGGCACAGCGAGUUCCACUGUCCUGGCCAAAACUGCCUUCCGUCUGGUGUUCAUGUGGAGAACUCUGUUCCGAAACAUCCAUUGUAACCGCUCGCUUCAAGAGAAGCUGUUUGCUGAGGUCCCGUUUCCACCUCGCGUGUACUGGAGCCAGUGGCUUGUACUGGAGGAGCGUGUGCCCCUGCCAUCAGCACUGCUUUUAUGCAGCGAUGUGGAGAAGCUGUGGGGCAUCCCCAGAGAGCUCUUCAGAGAGAAGCUUGAAGACAAAUCUGAAGAAUGUGAGACCCUCAAAUUUGAAUGGCGGGAGCUGUAUAAGCUUGCCAUCAGUCAUCAUGGCAGUGCUGCGAUGGUGUUUCAAUACGUUCUCACCCAACACCAAGACAACGACCACUCAGAGCUGGGGUCCAUGUACCACCAGUACAUGCAGUGCAGGUUUCAGUGGCUCUUCACCUACUGGCUCUUCCGCCAACCAGCACCAUUUAACAGACAACUGCGAGCCAUCUUCCUGCAGUGGAGAAAGCACAGCAAGAAGAAAGUGGCCAUGUGGGGAGAAACUCUGUGUGAUGUAAGAUAUCUAGCCUCACUGCACCCCAUCACCACCGACUACUGGAGGGGCCAUCUGGCUCAGGGAGAUGAGAACGUGGCGAUUCAUACAGUGGAAAACUACUUCUCAAUGUGCAAAUCACUGGUGGCCUGGAUCUUGGGCCGUGACUGGGGAAAACUGAAACGCAGAAAGGUCUACGAGGACACACUGGAAGGUGUGUACAUGCUUCUGAAGAGGGAGAUGCAGGAGACCCUGGUAGAGCACGAGAGGUUCUGGCAGGUGGCCAAAGUCCAGAUGAGCAGAGUGUGUGCCUUGGAGGAGACAGCUGCUAAUUAUGUCAACUGGAAGAUGAUUGAGACGCUCCCCUACUACAAGUUGUAUUUGGUGUCUGGCAGUGCUGUCUAUCUGGAGCAUGUGAAGGGUUUUCUGCGCAGGAAGAGGAUGGUGCAUAACUGGAUCUUUCUAGAAGAAAACGCCUGGCUAAGACAGCUGCUCCCUGACGAGCUUUAUACACUACUGGAAUACGACACCAAGAUCGCUCAAGAUGCUUUGCAUGGGAGCUCUCUGACUGCCCAGUUGAGUCGGCUCAUCUGGCUGUAUCUGCAUUCUGGUCAGCAGCUCUAUCUGGAGACUGUGAAGAGUGUGGUCCUGCAGUGUGCUCAUGCCCACCUGAGCUACCUCACCGCCAACGCCCUCUCUCAGAGCAUCUUUGAGACACCUGUGGCUUAGGCCAGACCUUUGCUCAUGCCUGACCCUGAACCCUUUUUGAAGAUUAACUUUUUAAAAAUCUUAUUUUAAUACUUUUUAGGCACAAGAGUACAGAAUUUUAAUAUACUUUUAGAAUUCUAUUUAUUUUUUGGGAAAAUGAAUUUUUAUUGGACUCUUAUUGCACUGUAUUCUUGGGACUGAUACAUUUUUAAAGUGCUGUGAUGGAGCUGCCUGUGUGUGUCAAAGGCCUGAAAGACUCGCAGCUUCUAUGCAGGUGAUACUAUAUGAGCAAAUUGUAUGAAUGGCAUUUAGUGGCCCAUAUUUCACCACUCAGUAUGCAGGUUUAGGCCAGAGUGAUUGGUGUAUUAAUAAUAAUAAGCAUAAUGACUGAAGUGGGUAAAAAUGGUUUUUUUUUUUUUUUUUUUUUUAAGCUUUUAUCUUAUUCCUAUCUUACUUAAACUGGUGAGAUGAAGCCUUUUGUUAUUUUAUUUUUAUUUUUUUCUCCCUCUUACAAAUAUUUGAAACAAUGCUCAUGGAAGAGCACUAGAUCUGCU